AUGCUGAUUCCUCUUUAUCGCUCGUGCAUACUAGUGCUACUGCUCCAGAUCUUGGAUCUAGCUGUGGCACGUCCCCCAAGGAAUACCACGAAAGCGUGCACAAAUGCUACUUUCGAGUCUCUCACUCUGCCCAACAUCGAUGUUCUUUCAAUCGAUUCUGUGGUUGCUCAAACUACUUGGCCAUCGCCAAGCGACUUAGUCAACGCGUUCCCCAGCACUAAAAGCGGCACUGUGGGAGUUUGCCGACUCACUAUCACAUACACCCAUGUCGGCCAAAACGAUACAAUCAAUACGUGGGUCUGGCUUCCCAUCACCUCGUGGAAUGGCCGAUUCGUCGGUAUGGGUGGCAGUGGGUGGGUGACAGGUACAGCAAGUUCGCUCGCUCAACCUGUGUUUGAGGGCUAUUCUGCGGCCUCCACCGAUGGCGGCCACUCAGCCUCAGCCAGCAUUCAAUCAUGGGCGCUCAAGGGUGACGACUUGAAUUGGCCACUUAUUGAAGAUUUCAGUUCUAUCACUCUGGACGAGGCCUCCUCGUUCGGCAAAGCUGCCACGCGGUUAUUCUAUGGAUCCCUGCCUAAAUAUUCGUAUUUCAACGGUUGUUCUACAGGGGGUCGUCAAGGCCAUAUGCUGGCACAACAUUUCCCAGCGCAGUAUGAUGGGAUUUUAGCGGGAUCUCCGGCUAUCAACUGGGAUGAAUUCAUUCCUGCCCAGUAUUGGCCUCCAUUGUUGAUGCAGGAGCUCGACUAUUAUCCAUCAUCCUGUGAAUUAGAUGCUAUAACAAAUUUUGCUAUCAAAGCUUGCGAUGAACUUGAUGGUGUCAAAGAUGGCAUUGUUUCUAUGCCAGGUCUCUGCCAUUUCGACGCUUUCACACUCGUCGGGAAGAAAGUGCGUUGCACAAACCUGAACGAUACGAUCACGUUGUCUCAAAAAAGUGCGAAGUUUGCAGCUUCUGUAUGGGCUGGUCCCAAGGAUUCAGACGGAUCCUCACUAUGGUACGGCCUAACCCACGAUGCUCCUCUCACAGGGCUUGGUGGGACGAACUGUUCUUCGCCGGACGUCUGUGAGCCUACUCCGUUCUUCCUCUCGACCGACUGGAUUGCAACAUUUCUAUCGAAAAAUCCGUUGCUGGAUCUAUCGACAAUUGGUCUCCAAGAGUUCCGACAACUCUUUCAUAAUUCCGUGACGGAGUUCCAGUCCGUUAUUGGAACUCGUGACCCCAAUCUCGCUGAAUUUAAGAAGUUGGGAAACAGAAUGAUUACCUGGCACGGAAUGAAGGAUCCAUAUGCCUUCUACAAUGGCACAGUGGACUACUAUGACCGCGUCCGAGCCUUCGAUCCCAAAGUUGGAGACUACUACCGCUUCUUUUCCGCCCCUGGUGUAGAACAUUGCAGCGGAGGGCCAGGAUGGUUCCCCGGAGAUGGUUUCAAGGCCUUGGUUGAUUGGGUGGAACGUGGAAAAGCCCCCGAUACUCUGUUCGCACUUGCAACACCCACAGCCACUGGGAGCGCGGAUUUACCCACCAGGACAGCACGAUUGUGCCCCUAUCCAAAAAUGUUGACUUAUACCAAAGGAAAUCCCGACAAGGCGUCAUCUUUCACUUGCAAAUAA